CAAUCAGACGUUGGCAAAGGUGAAGGUCGUAGUUUAACGAAGGUUGUAGCCGACGAUUCAAGUUUCGAUUAUAUCCUGUUUGCAAACUGACUUGACAACAUAGACAUGGCAUCGACAAUACGACCAGCGUUAAAGACUCAACAGUCGUGGAAGAAUCUUCAAGAAUUCUUCGAUAAAAAUGGGAAGAGCAUCAACAUGCUUGAGAUGUUUAAAGCUGAUCCUGAGAGAUUCAAGAAAUUUAGCAUCAGUACAAAAUUGAAUGACAAAGAAGGGGAACUACUGUUUGACUUCUCUAAGAAUCUUGUCAAUGAAGAUGUCAUGAAACUUCUCUUUGAUCUGGCUCGGGAGAGAAAGGUGGAGGAGAUGAGGAAUGCCAUGUUUGGUGGCGAGAAGAUCAACUUUACCGAGGAUAGAGCUGUCCUUCAUAUUGCCUUGAGAAACAGGUCAAAUAAACCAAUCAUGGUUGCCGGAAAAGAUGUGAUGCCAGAUGUGAAUCAUGUGUUACAACAUAUGCGCAAGUUUACCACGAUGGUUCAGUCUGGGGAAUGGAAAGGUCAUACAGGAAAACCAAUCAAAAGUGUUGUUAACAUUGGUAUUGGUGGAUCUGAUCUGGGCCCCUUAAUGGUAACUGAAGCCCUGCAGCCAUACCAAUGUGGACCCAAUGUUUAUUUUGUUUCGAAUAUAGAUGGAACGCACAUGGCUAAAACAUUAAAAUGUCUCGACCCAGAAACCACUUUGUUCAUCAUAGCUUCCAAGACAUUCACAACCCAGGAAACCAUAACAAAUGCCAAUUCUGCUAAAGCUUGGCUGUUGGAGAAGAUGAAUGGAGAUACAAAUGCUGUUGCAAAACAUUUUGUUGCCCUCUCAACUAAUGAUAAAUUGGUGAAAGAGUUUGGAAUUAAUGAAGCUAACAUGUUUGAAUUUUGGGAUUGGGUAGGAGGAAGGUACUCCCUAUGGUCAGCUAUUGGAAUGUCUAUAGCUUUGUUUAUUGGAAUGGACAACUUUGAACAACUUCUUGCAGGAGCUCAUUAUAUGGAUCAACACUUUUUAAACACCCCCUUAGAACAAAAUAUUCCGGUGAUUUUAGCACUGCUGGGCGUGUGGUAUAAUAACUUUUUUGGGGCAGAGACACAGGCACUGUUACCAUAUGAUCAGUACCUGCAUAGAUUUGCUGCAUAUUUUUAUAACUGGGGCAAAGGAAAAGUAAUUGGGAAGUAUGUAACAAGAAGUUACAAACAGGUUGAAAUUUUCAAAAAUUUGGGCCUAUCGGUUUGGGGGGAACCUGGGGAAAUAAAAGGACAACACGCAUUUUAUCAACUUAUACAUCAAGGAACUAGAUUAAUACCAUGUGAUUUUCUGAUGCCUGUUCAAACACAAAAUCCCAUACAGAAUGGACUGCAUCAUGAGAUUUUGACUGCAAACUUUCUAGCCCAGACUGAGGCUUUAAUGAAGGGCAAAACAGAAGCUGUAGCAAGAGCUGAACUUGAGGCGGCCAAAAUGUCUCCUGAUGAUAUAAACCAUAUCUUACCUCAUAAGGUUUUCCAAGGCAACAGACCUAGCAAUUCUAUACUUGUGCAAAAAGUAACCCCUUUUACCUUAGGAUCUCUAAUAGUUAUGUAUGAGCACAAGAUAUUUACCCAGGGAGUGAUUUGGGACAUCAAUUCAUAUGAUCAAUGGGGUGUUGAGUUGGGCAAGCAGCUUGCAAAGGCAAUUCAACCAGAACUACGCGGUACAAACCCCGUAAACACCCAUGAUGCUUCCACAAAUGGACUUAUCAACUAUAUAAAGGCACGCAAAUGAGCGAUACAUUUAUGUCAAUCUAGAGACAUAUAAAAUUCUCGACACUGCUUCUUAGAAAAAUUAUCAAUCCAUGCGCCAAAUGCUACAUAGAGUUGAAUAAAAUUGUAGAUAUCCAUUUGCUUAUCAUUAUUACAAACUGUUACCCUUACAAAUACAAUAAACAAAAGUUGUUGCGAUUAUAUAUAUAUUUGUGGAAUACUUUACAACAGAUAAAAGAAACAAUGAAAGGUUUUUAUAACUAACAAAAAAUGGCAAUGAUUUUAUAAAUCUUAAUUUUUUUUUUAUUUUUUUUUUUUUUGGAUGGGGCGGGGGCAGGAAAUUUCAAAUGUAAAAAAAAAAGACUACUUGUGAUUCAAAAUUCACUUGAUAUAUAGGAUUUUUAUCUUGAAAUAAUAUUAUCAUUUGGAUACAUGUUAACAUAAUUAGAUCUGUUACUUUUACAAUUGCAGGGAAUUUUUUUCCAUUCUUAAAGUGCUAUUUGUUAUUUCAGUGGUUUAUGUUAUCUGUCUAUAUAAUAUCAAAACUACAUUUUCAUUUUUUUACAUAGAUUUCUAUUGUUAUUCUUUUUCCACUAUUAAUGCAUGCUUGGAAUUUACAUGACAUCUGCACUGAACACUUUGAAUCAAAUAAUUCAUGUUUUAUUUACUUGUUGGUGAAAUGUUUUUAUUUCCUUCAAUUUUUAUGUUGCUGCUGUUGUUAAAUAUAAGUUAUAACAUGAGUUGAUAUGUCUUUAUGACUUCUUAUGUACUUCUUUUGUUCUUUAACACAGACAGUACAUAUAGUGCCAUAUUUAAUUGUAUUUCUUCAUGAUAGUAGCUGAACCCAUUUUGCUUAUACACACUAUGGCCAGGGGUGAAGAGGGCAAUGCACUUGUAACAUCAUAAUUAUAUGCAUUUUGAAAGGUAUUUACCUCCUAAUGUCAGUUGAAAAUUACAAUGCAGUUGUUUCAGGUGCAAAUUGUGUAUCAUAGUUACGUUCCUGGAGACAAGUCUGUAAAAUGUGAACAAAUAUUGUGAAAUGCUGAAUAUUUUUUACUUCAAAGUGCUUUUAAUGGCUGUUCCAUUGUGUUUAACACUUAAACAUUUUGUUAGUUUGAAUUUUUAGGGCUACCUUAGGUAAAUAAAAAUCUUGAUAUUUUGGUAAGGAAUAAACAAUAUGCAGUCUGCUUCUUAUAUAUAUAUAUAUAUAUAUAUUAUAUAUAUAAUAAUAUUAUAUAUAUAAUAUAUAUAUAUAUACAAAUUUUUUAUAAACAUAGCUUCUGAAGGCAUAGCUUCUUACUAUCUAUAAGAUAUUGCAUUUACUAUGAUAUUUUAACAGGAAUAAUGACCUGUGAUGUAUAUAUUGUAUAAUUUAAAUUGUUUAAUGUAUUUUAAGCAGAAUUAACACUUUACAGUCAAACCUGUGGAAAAGGCUACCUGUAAAUAAAGACCACUCUGUUAAUAAAGGCCACAAUUUGACAACACUGAAUGGAAUCAAUAGAACAGAAUAACCUCCAAAUACAGACCACUUGUCUAGAAAGGCCAUGCUUGGUCUCGCCUUUAGAUGGCCCUUAUUCACAGGUUUUACUGUAGUGUGUUAAAGGAUUGUUAAGCAGAUUUUUUCAAAUUUUAUUUUAUAGAAAUCAGUUGUAUUGUUGAUUGAACAUUUACUGGUGGUUGAAAUUUGAGAAAUAUUGAAAUAAUUUAAAAACACUUUUAAAAUCUGUCAAUGUUAUUGCAAAAUUUUCAAAAGUGUCUAAUUGAAAAGUUCAAAUUCUUAUGAAAUUGUUGAAAAGAUGUGUUCCUAUAUAUUUUUUUGGUUAGAAUUUGAAAUAAAUGAUGGAAUUAAAAAUCAAGGUGAGACAAUAUCUGAAUCAGUAUUAAUUGAUAUUUUUUUUUCGGUUAAAAUUCCAUCUUUAUACAUGUAUAACACAGUUUUUGUUGUGAAUUACAGAUUAUAUGUUGCCUACAAUACAAUUGUUGUGAUAUAAGAUGUUUUAUUGA